CAAGAAGCAGGCCAAACACUUGAAACAGGAUUUUGAUUCUUUUCCCUGAAACUUCAAGCAAUGAAAAUGACAGUAUAGCAUAUCUGAGUGGAAUGUGCAGUGAAAAACGAAAAUGUAUUAUUGCAGAGGACAAUGGUCUGAAUCUUGCUUUUACCAUUGCCCAUGAGAUGGGUCACAACAUGGGAAUAAACCACGACAAUGACCACCCAUCCUGUGCAGAUGGUCUCCAUAUCAUGUCUGGAGAAUGGAUUAAAGGACAGAAUCUUGGUGACGUUUCAUGGUCCCGCUGCAGCAGGGAAGAUCUGGAAAGAUUUCUCAGGUCAAAGGCCAGUAACUGUCUGCUACAGACGAAUCCUCAAAGCCUCAAUUCUGUGAUUAUUCCCUCCAAGCUCCCAGGGAUGACAUACACUGCAGAUGAGCAAUGUCAGAUUAUUUUUGGGCCAACUGCUUCAUUUUGCCAAGAAAUGCAGCAUGUCAUAUGCACUGGGUUGUGGUGUAAGGUGGAAAGUGAGAAGGAAUGCAAAACUAAACUGGAUCCACCUAUGGAUGGAACAGACUGUGAGACUGGAAAGUGGUGUAAGGCUGGAGAAUGUACCAAUCGGACAACAUUGGUGGAACAUAUGGAGGGGGAAUGGAGCAUGUGGAGCACUUGCAGCCGUACUUGCAACACUGGAAUCAGCAGUCGACAGCGCAAAUGUCCUGGUCUGGGUGUUGAAGGUGAGUGUCAUGGCCCCGUGAUGCAGUAUAGAAUAUGUGAAAAUCCUUCCUGUCCUGCUGGCGUGCCUGCCUUCAGAGACUGGCAGUGCCAGGCUUUCAGUGUCAGAUCUUCAUAUCAGAAGCAUGUGCACCAAUGGCAGGCUGUCAUUGAUAAUGAAAAGCCAUGUGCCUUAUUCUGUACACCGUCUGGAAAGGAUCAACCCAUUCUUCUAACAGAAAAGGUGAUGGAUGGGACUUCCUGUGGCCAGCAUGGGUUAGACAUCUGUGCAGAUGGUAGAUGCCAGAAAUUUGGCUGUGACGGUAUAAUAGGCUCUCUGGCUCGUGAAGAUCAUUGUGGUGUAUGCAAUGGUAAUGGAAAGUCUUGCAAGGUCAUUAAAGGUGACUUUAACCAUACCAGAGGAGCAGGUUAUGUGGAAGCUUUGGUGAUACCUGCAGGAGCAAGGAGAAUCAAAGUUGUGGAAGAAAAACCAGCUCACAGUUACUUAGCUCUUCGAGAUGCUGGUAAACAGUCUAUCAAUAGUGACUGGAAGAUAGAACAUUCAGGAACGUUCAAUAUUGCUGGGACCACUGUCCAUUACGUUCGAAGAGGUCUCUGGGAGAAGAUUUCUGCCAAAGGUCCCACAACUUCUCCCUUACAUUUACUGGUGCUGCUUUUCCAUGACCAGAGCUAUGGUCUACACUAUGAGUACACAAUCCCACUGGAUCCUCCACCUGAGAAUCAGAGCUCUAAAGUACCGGAACCUCUUUUCAUGUGGACUCAUUCUGGCUGGGAGGAUUGUGAUGCUGUAUGUGGAGGAGGUGAAAGAAAAACAACAGUCUCUUGCACAAAGAUUAUGAACAAAAAUAUCAGUCAUGUGGACAACAAGAAGUGCAAAUAUUUAACAAAACCUGAACCACAGAUCCGAAAGUGCAAUGAGCAGCCAUGCCAGACCAGAUGGAUGAUGACUGAAUGGACUCCAUGUUCAAGGACAUGUGGAAAAGGGACGCAAAACAGACAAAUAGCCUGCACACAGCAGCUCAGAAAUGGGACCUUGAUCAGAGCAAGGGAGAGAGAUUGUCUUGGGCCAAAGCCUGCUUCUGCACAGCGCUGUGAAGGCCAAGACUGCAUGACUGUGUGGGAGGCGGGAGUCUGGUCUGAGUGCUCUGUAAAGUGUGGUAAGGGAGUACGGCAUCGGACUGUGAGGUGCACCAAUCCCCGCAAGAAAUGCGUUUUGUCCACAAGACCUAAAGAAGCAGAGGACUGUGAGGACUAUUCCAAAUGCUAUGUCUGGAGAAUGGGAGACUGGUCUAAGUGCUCUGUUACCUGUGGCAAAGGAAUGCAGUCCCGAGUCAUUCAGUGUAUGCACAAGAUUACGGGAAGGCAUGGAAAUGAAUGUUUUUCUUCAGAAAAACCUGCAGCCUACAGACCCUGCCAUCUCCACCCCUGCAAUGAGAAAAUUAAUGUUAACACAAUAACAUCACCCAGGUUAGCUGCUUUAACAUUCAAGUGCCUGGGUGACCAGUGGCCUGUGUACUGCAGGGUGAUACGAGAGAAGAACCUGUGUCAAGACAUGAGGUGGUACCAGCGCUGCUGUGAGACAUGCAGGGACUUCUAUGCGCAGAAGAUGCAACAAAGGAGUUGACCUCUGUCAGGCUGGCUGGCUCUCAGCUCUUUGCAAUCUUAUUAUUUAUAAGCACACAUAGAUGUACACACACACGCGUACACAUACACACACAUGCACGCUUUUUCAGACCAAAUACUAUGAUUACGUAUAAUUUAAUCAAAUUUAAUUUAUUUUUGCCUGCCAGACAUCCUUAAUUGUUUUGGUUAGACAGCCAACUUGUUUUAUCCUCUGAGAUUUUCAUAAUUAAUUUUUAUAUGAACAAUUUGGGGUACAUUUAUCAGAAAUUUUUUAAAGAAUAGUAACUAGUAUUUUAAAUGUUUAUUUUCAGUAGGGUCAUCUCUCUGUUGCCAAAAGAAGCCACCAUGUUAUCUUGAAUUUAUUUUAAUUUAGCUGAAUAGUUUUGUUGUAUAUGGAAUUAAAGCCUUUUUUAAUUUUAUUAUAUUUUUGGCAGAAUGAUCUUGUGUAUUUUGCAACAGAUGUUGAGGUGAGUAAGCUAACAUUAUUGAGCAGGCUAUUACAGAAUGUAUUGUGAAAUCAGUUCAUUUGAUUUGAUUUAGAAUCAUGCUGUUGGGGAUAAUCUACUGUAACUUAUACCUAUUGUAAACAAGGAAAUUAAAAUAGAGAAGUAGUAGGAAUUUUGAUCAUUCUCAUGGACAUGUACUUGAACACAAGUAUUGAAUCAAUGAAACACUGUAGAGAUUUACACUGAAUCACUGUUGCACUGUUUGAGGUAGUGUAGAGAAAUGCAGUCCUAGAAAUUGUACCAUCCUAUGAAUCCACGUCUGUACUGUUUAGCAUGUCACUUGAUUUUAAACGUUUAGAAACAAAAAACCCAUGCCCCCCUAUACCUUUGUGCUUCCUCUUGCAGAUUUACAAAUGGAAGUCCUUCCUCCUGCCAUUUUUAUGAAUUAAUCUUUUAAACAUUUUCAGUUCUUUGUCAGUAAUUUAGGAAAUAGCUUUGUAAUUUUACUUUAGCUUAUCUUUGUUUUAUGAAAAAGUCUUUAUAAAAAUAAAAUGUUUUACAGUUUUGUGAAACGUUAUG